CCAACAGGCGGACCGGACUUCAUCAGUACAAUAUGUGUUGAUAAUGGGCAACACGAAUAGCUCCCAUAAGGUAUCCGCACAGGAUAAAGCCAUUCUUGAUUUGAAAAUCCAGCGGGACAAGCUCCGUCAGUAUGGGAAGCGUAUAACGGUCCUCACCGAUCGCGAAACUGAGAUCGCAAAGGAAUGCCUUGCCCGGGACGAUCGCAAACGCGCCCUCCUCGCUUUGCGCCGCAAGAAAUAUCAAGAGUCGCUUCUGAUCAAGUCCGAAAAGGAGCUCGAUCAAUUAGAACAGUUGAUCAAUCAAGUUGAAUUCUCGCUCGUCCAGAAAGAUGUCCUCUUUGGGUUACAGCAGGGUACGCAGGUACUACAGGCUAUCAACAAAGAGAUGGGGGGUAUCGAAGGAGUUGAAAAACUAAUGGGUGAGACGGAAGAAGCACGGGCGUACCAAGAGGAGAUCAGUCAGAUGCUCUCGGGGAACCUAUCGAACCAGGAUGAGGAUGAAGUUGAGGAUGAGUUGGCUGCGUUACAGCGGGAAACGCAAAGACUGCAGAACCUACCACAUGCGCCAAAGUCGAAACUCCCCGAAAGGCCAAACGAGGAAGAAAGCCAGGAAAUCCAAUACCAAGAAGGCGGCAAAGCCAAGGCGCAAUCCGCAAUCCCAGCCUAAAUUAUAUACCAUUGUCCCCACACUUCGCUACAGAUUGGAGUCAUAUGUGAAAUACCAAAAGCGAUUCUGGCACGGAUGGAACUGCCGGAUUUAUGCCAUUCAGUACAUCCCUAGUUAUCUGCUCUUCCAAUAAUAGAAUUUAAAUUGAUUUGGGAUAGCAUUGUCAGCCCAACCCUGAUACCG